AUGACCUUCCAAGCUGAGAGGGUGGAUGCAAAACUGAUUGUUGAUAAAGCACAGAGAGAAUGGCUCGAGUAUGAAGCUGAAAAUGAAACCACUGGACGGCCAGAUACAACUUCAGGAGAGAAUGGUCAGUCACAACAAAAAUGGGAACCACCUAAAGAAGGAGUCAUAAGGAUUAACACAGAUGCGGCACUCUCAGCUAAGAUGGUCCGGACAGGCUUGGGGAUAAUUGCAAGGAAUUGGCGUGGAGUGAUAGUAAAAGCAAAAGGCAUCACGGCGAGGAGGAGAGGUGAAGCAACAACCGAGGAAGCAUUGGCAAUAAGAUGUGCACUGGAAAUGGCCAAAUCUGCAAGGUGGACUACAAUAGAGGUCCAAUUCGACUGCAAAUAUGUGGUGAGCCUAAUCAACUCAGGCAAUGUGCAGGAAUGUAAGAUGAUACAAACAAUCCUGGAAGCCAUUGAAGACUUGAAGAAGAGCUUUACAUGCUGUUUGUUUUUGUUUGUUCCCAGAACUGCUAAUAGUUGUAGCCAUGCUAUGGCUCAAUUUGUAGUUAAGUCAGAUAGGAUAAUUGAAUGGGAAGGAUCAAUCCCAUAUUGGUUAUCAGAACUAGCUAGAAAGGAUAUGGGGUUAGUUACCCCUUUUUGUAAUUAA